GCCAAGAUGGCGGCGGCCGUAGCGGAGGUCUCGGUGCUGCCCGAUUCGGUGUUGCUGCAGGUCCUGGCCCUGCUGCCGCCGUGGGACCGGUUACGGCCCUCCAGGGUCUGCCGGCGGUGGCGGCGGCUCGCGUUGGACCCGACGGUGUGGAGACACGUGGAUGUGAGCCAGCGGCGGCUCAGCUCCAGGGCCCUGUGGCAGCUCCUGCGCCGUCGCCUCCCCUCGGGGCUGUGCACGCUGCGGGCCCGGGGCUCCCUCCUCUCCUCCUCCCGGCCUCCCCUCCUCUCCCCAGCACUGUUGCUAGCCCUGGGCAAGCGCUGCCCCCGCCUCCAGCACCUGAGCCUGACCGAGACCGACCUGCGCCGCAUCCCCUACGAGAGCAUCCCUGCAUCCCUGAGGGCGCUGGAGCUGCGGCGCUGCGAGAUCCCCGCUGCUUGGUUCCACCCCGGCUCCUCCCCACGGCCUCUGCGCCACCUCCACAUCCACCACGUCCCGGCCUUCUCCGACCAGCACUUGCUGGCAGCCUGCUCCCAGCACCGCCUGCAGACACUGAGCCUGCGGGGCUCCUAUCGCCUGACGGAGCCCGGGAUGCAGCGGGCGGCUCCUUACCUGCAGGGGCUGCGGCGCUUGGAGCUGCGGGGCUGCGGUGCCGGUGAUGCCACCAUGGCCUCCAUUGGGUACCACAUGAAGGGACUGCGGGAGCUGGAGGUCGUUGCUUGCCCCGUGAGCAGCGCAGGUUUGGGGGCUUUAAAGGGCCUCCAGCACCUGGAGGUGCUUUGCCUUGAGCUGGGGGAGAAGGUGUCUGCUGGGGCUGUGAUUGCCUUGGGCCGAGCACUGCCCCUGCUCAGGGAGCUCCGAGUCGUUGGGGCUUGCUUAGCACUGGGAAUCAUGGAUCAAAUCCGGAUGGAUUUAUCCCAUUGCAGCUGCACCCAUUCGCCUCAACCCCCAGCCUGA